AAGAGAGAAAGAUGGCUAUUAGCGAAAAGCUGAAUCGCCGUAUUCGGGCCGUGCCCGAAGAAGACGCAGAGGUCUAUUCCGAAAACUCGGCAUCGGAAGACCAAGGAGAUGGCUUUACAGAUUCCGGCUCAGAUGAUGGCUCUGAUGAUAUAGAGAUGGGAGAUGAUUACGUUAGCGAGGAGGCGGGGGAAGAGUCAGAGGAAGAGUCAGAGGAAGAAGAAGGAGACGAUAUCCAGGCAUCUCUAAGCAAUAUCUCGUUCGGGGCUCUCGCCAAGGCACAAGCAUCGAUGGGAUCGAAAAAGAAGCGGAAAGAAAACGAAAAAGCCGAGGAAGAAACGGGCGCGACUGCGUCGCCGUUGGACGAGAUCCGAGCACGCCUCCGCGACGCCCGGGAGCAAAAGGCCGCACACGACAAGAACAGCAGCAACAACAAUAACAACAAGAGAAGAGAGAAGCCGCCUUCGAGAUCGUCGAAACAUGCCCCGAUGGUCCUCUCGUCCAAGUAUGCAGUCUCGCGCAAACGGAAUGCGGUCGAGCUCCCUGCCGUCGCCAAAUCACGAGACCCGCGCUUCGACCCUGCAGUUCUAGCUCACGGCGGGGGAGGACGUCGGAAACAGAACGACUCCGAACAGGCGAACAAUGCCUACGCAUUUCUAGACGAUUACCGCGCCGCAGAGCUAAAGGAGCUGAAGGAAAAGAUGGCGCGGACCAAGAACGCCACGGAGAAGGAGAACCUGAAGCGCGAGGUCCGCUCGGCAAUGGAUCGGAUGCGCACGUUGCAGAACCGCCGGCGUGAGCGCGAGGUGCUCGCUUCGCACCGGCAGAAGGAGAAGCAGCUGCUGCGCGAGGGGAAGAAGAGUACCCCGUACUUCCUCAAGAAGUCGGAUCUCAAGAAACAGGUCCUGGUGAAGAAAUACGAGGAGAUGGGCUCCAAGGAGAGAGCCAAGGCGCUCGAGCGGCGUCGUAAGAAGACGGCAUCCAAGGAGCGCAAGGAGAUGCCGAUGGCCAGAAGGACGGAGUCUGGUGUUUGACAGCUUUAAUUACAACUUUUAAAGAAACCAAAUAUUGACUGAC